GAGAGGGAGGGGAAAGUUGAACACAGACAAUCCUGGAACAACUUUUUCUCUUCAUUCCUUUCUUUGUGAAGGACGACUCAAGGAAAAAAGGGCAGAGGAACAAAAAAACAACACUGAAAUAAAUGUGAAUGCUUGACACACACGCAUGUCGGAUUCAUGUAAUCACAAAGUUGUGGAUUAAUCAGCAGUUGAAGUCAGCCGGCAGCUGAGGCGGGGAGAGGUAAGGAGAGGCAAGGAGCUGUUUUCAGAGGGAUUAAACCAUGUGGCUUCUGUGCUCCUCUCUGACUCUGUUGGUGAUCAGUUUUGGAUCAUGUGACACACUGACGAUAAACGAAGGUGUACAAUGCCCGUCCUUACAAUUGGCUGAGUGGAAGUUUCCUCGGACGGCUAGGCACAACAUUACUGGUUUUAAUCUGGUGAGGCGAUUCUCCUUGCUCAAAGACACAGAUGUUAGGAAGAUCCGCAACCCUCGAGGUCCUGUCAUACUACGACUGGGCAAAGCGGCACUCUUGCGCCCCAGCGAUCAAGUGUUCCCUCAUGGCUUACCUGACGAGUUCACGUUGAUCUUCACCCUGGCUUUGAAAAAGGCUGCACUGAGAGACACCAUCUACCUCUUUCAGAUAUCAGAUCAGCGGGGAUAUCCAGAGCUCUCAGUGGACUUCAGCGCCGCUGAUGGCACCCUAUCCUUACGAGCCAGAGGUGUUGAACCUGAAGCCGAGCUGAUGACCUGUGUUUUUAAUGGAGAGGGGGUAGAGGCCCUGAUGGACCUCCGCUGGCACAAGCUGGCUCUCAGUGUGCAACGUGACACCGUCUCCCUCCACGUUGACUGCAGCUCCAUCGAGACGAAGCCCCUUGAGCCACGAGGCAUUCUGCAGACUGAUGGACACACAUUGCUGGGGGUUCGGGCUUCAGAUGCCGGAUCAGUGCAAAUGGAUAUUCAGCAGGUGAUGCUGUAUUGUGACCCAUCGCUUGCCAUUCAAGAGACCUGCUGUGAGAUCCCUGGUGCUCGGUGCCCUUCUGAUGCUGCAAAGAGCCGUCGAGCAGCUGAAAACGACCUGGAUGAAAUUAUGAUUCGCCAGGAUAUUUUUGCAUCCAAGGAUCUUGCAGAAAAAGUUGUAAACUUUGGAGAAAAAGGUGACCGGGGCGAUGGCUGUUCAGGUUCAUGCACAGAAGGACCCAAGGGUGAGAAGGGUGAGAAAGGCGAGCCGGGAACAGCUUCCAACUGGGGUCAGGCAGCUGGGUACAAGGGAGAAAAAGGUCAGAAAGGGGAGAUCGGUCCUCAAGGCCUGACAGGAACACCGGGGAUGGAUGGUCGAGCAGGGUCUAUCUGUGUAGUCGGCCCCAAGGGACAAAAGGGCACGCUGGGUACAGUGGGUCCUGAAGGGUUGGCUGGGGAGCCAGGCAAGCCCGGACUUCCAGGUCUGCCAGGAUUUGGAAAACCGGGUCCACCGGGCCCUCCUGGUGAACCUGGGGAUGCUAGAGGUGAAAAGGGAGACGUAGGACCUAAAGGAGAAGACGGAUUACCAGGAGAUCCAGGACCAAGAGGCCCAGGAGGUCCAAAAGGAGAGAAGGGUGACCAAUGCGAAAUAUGCCCAGUGCUGGCAGCAGACAUUGCUAGUACAGUGGCCUUGCAGGGGAAACCUGGCCCUAAAGGAGAGCCUGGAUUACCCGGGAUAGGAGAAAGAGGAUUUCCUGGUCUUGAAGGUGUAAAUGGCAAAGCAGGGGAGAAGGGAGAACCAGGAUCAGAUGGCGCCACAGGAGAAAAGGGAGAACCAUGUUCAGUGUGCCCCACCCUUGAAGAACUAUCACUUAAUCUCGUCUCGAGUGUCGUUCUGCAGCAGAAAGGAGAGAAGGGGGAGCCUGGGAUUGGAUCAAAAGGAGAACAAGGGGAGCCAGGAAACACAGGUUCACCUGGCCUUAAUGGAAAGAGGGGUAAUGCAGGCAACGUGGGAGCCGACGGAAAACCGGGGAAAUCUGGACCGAGGGGGGCCGAUGGGAAGGAUGGACAAAAGGGAGCAAAGGGAGAUAAAGGGCAGCCUGGGGUUGGAGAACCUGGCCAAAAGGGUGAGAGGGGUGACUGUGGUGUGUGCCAGCCAUCAGAUGUUGAUAGCAAGCCAACUGGCCCCAAAAUGCUUGAGGGAAGAAAGGGUGAACCUGGCCCUCCAGGUCCUCCAGGUCUUGGAGCUGAAGGCAAACAGGGACCGUCAGGCCUGUCUGGUGCUAGGGGAGAAAAGGGUGAGCAAGGCGAACAAGGAGGAAGGGGAUUCAACGGUCCCCCUGGAGUCCCAGGUCUGCCUGGAGAGUCCGGUCGGGAUGGAUUAAUGGGGCUGAAAGGAGAGAAGGGAGAUGCAUGUACUAGCUGUUCCUCCACUGGCAAUGUGGUGGGUGAUGGUGUAGCUGUGCCAGGCUCCAAAGGAGAGAAAGGAGAUCCAGGAUCCCCAGGAGCAGGGAAACCUGGCAAAACUGGAAAACCUGGCUUACCCGGUGUGGAAGGGCCCUCUGGUCCCAAAGGAAUCAAGGGAGAAGUUGGGGCCGCAGGAGUUGGCCUUCCAGGACCACAAGGCAUUGAGGGACCUAGAGGUUUCCCAGGACUAGCUGGACCUCCUGGUGUUCCAGGAUUGCCAGGCCCUGUUGGCCCUGCAGGGGAAAAGGGCUCAAGAGGUGAUAUUGGACUUCCAGGGCCACAGGGGCCAGAAGGCUUUGGAGGAGUGGGGCCCCCGGGUAGAGAUGGAGUCAUUGGGCCAAGAGGGCUUCCAGGAGCAGAUGGCAGACCUGGAUUUCAUGGGGCUAAGGGUGUCAAGGGGGAACCAGGAGAGUGUAACUGCAUUCCGCCUCUGCCUACAAGUGUAGGUGGACCUGGAGCUCCAGGAACCCCAGUAAACAUGUGGCAGCCUGGGCCUCAGGGCCCACCGGGACCUCCUGGCCCUCCUGGCCCCCCUGGACCUCAGGGAGUCAUUGGAAGCCAAGGUCCUCAGGGUAUCCCUGGAAACGACGGGAUACCGGGGAAACCGGGUUUGCCUGGAAAGAGCAUCUAUACUGGACCGCACGCUCUUCCUCAAGAUGCAACUGACGAACCCAGAGAUGAGGGAUGUGAAGAGGGGUGUUCUCAGGGGUUGCCAGGGGUCCCAGGCAUGGCUGGUGCCAAGGGUGAAAAAGGAGACCAGGGCAAGCCUGGUCCAACAGCCUUGGACAACUGUGACAGGUGUUUGGGGAGACUGCAGAGGACACAAGCAACUGAAGCAACGGCUGAUCGAUCCUGCACUGGAGCACCUGGAAUUCCAGGAGUGCCUGGAACACCAGGAAUAAAAGGAGACUCUGGUACCCCAGGAGAAAGAGGCCCACCAGGAAUACCAGGAAUCAUGGGACCCCCUGGAUUCCCAGGUCCUCAGGGUCCAUCUGGCUUAUCUGGUCAGCAGGGUGAGCGAGGGUCAGGCGGCCUCCCAGGGACAAAGGGCGAGCAGGGCCCUCCAGGGACGCCUGGUUACCCUGGAACUUUGGGGCCGCCUGGGCUGCCUGGAUUGAAGGGUGAGCGUGGAAAUCCAGGAAGUGCUGGUCAGAAAGGAGAAUCUGGUCCUCCUGGUAGCCCUGGAUAUCAAGGACAGGCUGGUUCUCCAGGCAUUAAAGGUGACACAGGACCAGCAGGGCCUGUUGGUUCCAAAGGUGACCAGGGUUUUCAAGGACAGCCAGGUUUUCCAGGACCACCAGGUCCUCCUGGUCCUGCCGGCAAGCUUGGCAGAGAAGGCCUUCCGGGGCUCAAAGGAGAAAAAGGUAAUGAUGGUUCCACAGGCUCUCAAGGACCACCUGGGCCACCUGGCUCACCUGGAUCCCCAGGAGUGAUGGGCCCUCCUGGCAUUGAGGGAAUAGAUGGAAAAGAUGGGAAACCAGGGCUGCGGGGAGAGACAGGCCCUCCAGGCCCAGCAGGACCCCGAGGAAUCCCAGGAUUCAAAGGGAAAACAGGACAUGUUGGGUUCCCUGGGCAGAAGGGAGAGGCUGGACCUGCAGGCCAACAAGGACCACCCGGCAGGCCAGGACAUGACGGUGACCCUGGUACCCCAGGACUUCAAGGUCGACCAGGACCUCCAGGGCAGAUCGGUCCCACGGGGCCAGCGGGACCUCCUGGGCCUCCUGGUCCAUCAGGAGUGGGUAUAAAAGGAGAUAAGGGCCAAUCUGGAGAGAGAGGCCUCCCGGGGAUGGAUGGACCUCCAGGACCAUCUGGGCAUCCAGGACUUAUGGGAGAGCCUGGUAAUGACGGUGCUUCUGGUAAAGAUGGAACAUCAGGCCUGCCAGGAGACAGUGGACAGCCAGGCCAAAAGGGAGAACCAGGGGCCCCUGGACAGAGGGGUCUUCAAGGAGAGCGAGGUAGACCAGGUCCACCAGGUGGGGGGGGGUAUCAUGCCAAGGAUGCCCAACCCAUGAUAGGCCCAGUUGGACCUAGAGGGGAAAGGGGAAGUCCAGGUUCUGAAGGAUUACCAGGACCUCCUGGUCCACCAGGGCCACAAGGAAACGAUGCUUUCGUCAAUUAUGAUGACAUCAAAAACUUCAUUCGACAACAGGUUAUCAAGAUCUUUGAUGAGAGAAUGGGGUACUACAUGUCUCGCAUGCAGAUGCCAGUAGAGAUGGUAGCCUCACCAGGCCGACCAGGGCCCCCAGGAAAAGAUGGUGCUCCAGGUAAUCCUGGACCCCAAGGUGCUCCUGGGCUCCCAGGACAGAUCGGCAGGGAGGGUCGACAAGGAGGACAAGGACUCCCUGGACCACGAGGACCACCAGGAGUAAAAGGUGACAAGGGUGUUGGAGAGAUGGGAGAUGUAGGACCACCUGGAGCACCAGGUGUUCCAGGCCCCCCAGGCUAUGGUAAAAUCGGACCUCCUGGACCUGUUGGCCAGCAGGGUGUUCCUGGGAUACCAGGCCCUCAUGGACAGCCUGGUGCCAAAGGGAACGAAGGCCGCUGCAAUCCUGUGGACUGUAUGAGCCAUCAAGUAGACUACAGCCCCAAGGGGCCACCUGUUAAAGGCCCCUGGUAAGAAUCUACAAGGUGAAGGGAAAGAGGACUGGAUCAGAGAGACUAAAGUAUUUGGAGAAGCAAGAAAACCAAUGACAAGGACCCAAAGUUAUUUAAUCAGACCACCUAACCGAACAGACAGUUUAAGAUGGGUUCACCAAAUAGAUCUGAGCAAAAAACACUUAUUUCUUUCUUAGGGGCCCGCUGGAACUGAGGCCUGCAAAGACACACCAGCAGAAAAUUGUUAUUGCAUCAUUUUCUUCCCUUUAAUUGCCAAUUCAUUGCUAAAACACAGUCUUAUAUUUAUUCUUCUCCCCACUAUAUUGUAUUUCUGUUGUGUGCUAAAAAAGCAAACCAAGAAACAUCAAAAUCUGUCUUUUUUUUCUCCGUUCUUUGUUUUUCCGUUCUUCUCCAUAUUGGUCAUUGGUUAUUUUCUUUGUCUAAUUUCAUUAGCAGAGACAAUCAUUUUGGUGCAUUGCUUCCAUUUCUCCUGUCUUUGUUCCAUUCCUCAAACAAUUCCAUUCUGGGUACAUCCCAUCCAUUUCUAAUGUUGUCAUGGUUGUGGUGUGUGAGGUGUGACACGUUUGAAUUUAACAUAAAAGAUAGCAUCCCGGGAUAUUUAGUUUGGUCAGACUUUCCUUGAUGGAUUAUUUUGUACAUAUUUCUAUGUAUAUAUACUGGCUUUUGAUACCGUUCAAAGCUACCUUUUUUAAUUACCAGUGGUUAUUUUGCGACAAAUGUAAAAUGAUUUUAUGUCUGUAAGUUUUCAAGUGGAAAAAUGGGUUCAGCAUAACACAAAUUAUUUAUAAAGGUAAUUUGUUUUUACACAGAAAGCAAACUGGCUUUUGUAACUGUGUCACUUAAGUUCAUCUAGUCUAUUUGACCCCAUAUUUUAUUCCAGUGUAGCGAUAAUGAAAAUCAGUUUGCUUCUUGUGGCUCUUGUGCAGGAAUAAGUUUAAAAUAUAGACAACAUUUGAGUCACUUCAUCAUAUGUAAUGCAAAUGUUGCUCAGCCAAUCCUCACACCAGGUCCUCACAAUAACUUUAGCAUUAAGAAAAUAGUCUGAAACAUGUCACAGUCACUUUUUGCUGUUACAUAUCAAUGUAUUUGAGAUUCUUGUUUGUUACUCUUAGCCAGUUUUGUUGUUUUAAAGUUAUUUUUUACUGUCCUUGCAAUUUAAACUUUGAUCUAUG